UGGGCGUGACUUUCUGAAAAUAUUGGACACUCGCGUUGUUCGCGUAUUAUCUCCUCAUUUCUUGUCAUAUCUCCUAUUGGACUCUGAUGUUUAAUUUGUGCGGUGAUGACAAGCACUUUCACUUUAAAGUAACAGUCGCAAAACCUGGACGAACCGUGUGAAGUGCUUCAUAAAGUCUGUUUUCCUCCGGACCAGUCUUCUAGGUUUUCUCAGCCAGAGGCUCUUUGAUAAUGUUGGAGUGUUUAUUGACGAUCUUUCUGGGCUUUAUCGCCGUGCUGCUGUUCUGCGCUUUCUGCGGACGCAGAAGGAAGGACGGUGAGCCCCCGCUGAUUAAAGGCUGGAUUCCAUUCCUGGGAAAAGCUUUAGAAUUCAGAAAAAACUCUCAGCAGUUUCUUACACAACUGCAGCAGGAGCAUGGAGAUGUUUUUACUGUACUUAUAGCAGGAAGGUACAUAACAUUCAUAAUGAACCCCCUCCAGUACUCGUCUGUGAUCAAACAUGGAAAACAGCUGGAUUUCCACACGUUUUCAGACAGCGCAGCAUCCAGGACGUUCGGUUACCCACCGGUCCGGAGUGGCCUCUUCCCUGGAAUGAGUGACAGCCUACAGAGGAGUUACACUCUGCUGCAGGGGCCUGCCCUCGACCCGCUCAUGUUCAGCAUGAUGGGAAACUUACAGCAGGUCCUGCGACGCCGUUUUCUGCCCAGUGAAGAGUCUGGGUCUGAUGGCGAUUGGCAAGAGGCGGAACUAUAUGAGUUCUGUAAAUGCGUAAUGUUUCAGACCACAUUUAACACGCUAUAUGGACAUUCGUCAAAUCUGCAUCUGGAUCAGCUGCGAGAGGACUUUGAGAAGUUCGAUGCCAUUUUCCCUUUACUAAUGGCCCGUGUUCCCAUCGCCUUGCUGGGAAAAACCAAAGAAAUUCGUGAGAAGCUGACAAGAUUUUUCCAUCCUCAAAGAAUGGCAGAAUGGAGGGCUCCAUGCGAAUUCAUACAGACCCGAACGGCCCUGUUCCAGGAGUAUGACACGCUUCAGGACAGAGAUAAAGCAGCACAUCAUUUCGCCAUGCUGUGGGCAUCAGUGGGAAACACUAUCCCAGCAGCCUUCUGGUGUCUUUACCACCUCAUCUCCUGCCCGGAAGCCCUUGAAGCAGUGAGAGCAGAGAUUGUCAAUGUGGUUGGAGAGAAGAACAUGCAGUUGGUCUUUGAAGAAGACAUCACAAUUACACGACAGCAACUAGAACAGAUGGUUUACCUGGAGAGUUCAAUAAACGAGAGUUUACGUAUCUCCUCUGUAUCAAUGAACAUCCGUGUGGUUCAGGAAGAUUUCUGUUUGCGUCUGGAUGCCCAGCAUUCAAUCAACCUACGAAAAGAUGACAUUGUUGCUCUUUACCCACAAACCACACACCUUGACCCUGAACUAUACGAUCAGCCUCAGCGCUUCCAAUUUGACCGUUUUGUGGAGGAUGGGAAGGAAAAAACAGAUUUUUAUAAAUGUGGCCACAAGGUCCGGUACUAUCGUAUGCCUUUCGGCUCUGGAGCCACACAGUGUCCAGGGCGUUUUUUUGCAAUGAAUGAGCUGAAGCAGUUUGUGUGUGUGGCUUUGCUCAUGUGUGAAAUGCAGUUGCUGGAGAACCAGCAGGAGGCGAUGCUAGACAACAGCCGUGCUGGUCUGGGCAUCAUGCCACCUGCUAAUCAAAUCACUUUCAGAUACAGAACCAGAAAGCCAGGGGACAGUAUGAAGAGGGAUGAAUGAACUAAAUGAAUAGAGAGUGACUGUCGUCUGGUCAUUGCUUGGGUAUUUUCCUUUCAUUUUUUCACAGGGUGCAUGCAAAGAUUUUGUAAAAUAAUGCAAGCUGCAGUAUACAUAACACUGCCAUGGAAAAAUCUCAUCUUUGGUUUAGACAUUAAUGGCUGUGUGUCAAGUUAUUUUGAG